UAGUCUAAAUGAAGAGUCUGUAACCGGGACCGACGCUCGGUGGCCGGGAGCUGCAGCCCAGCGGACGCAGGGACCCGUGAACCGCAGCGGCUUGCCGGGAUGGUGCGCCUGCUGAACUGCCUGCUGCUGGGAUAUCUGACCUGGAAUCUGCGGAUAUCGGACGCGCAGGGGGAGUACUGCCACGGCUGGCUGGACGCUAAUGGGAAUUAUCACGAUGGCUUCCAGUGUCCGGAGGACUUUGACACCACGGACGCCACCGUGUGCUGCGGCUCCUGCUCGCUGCGCUACUGCUGCGCGGCCGCGGACGCACGGCUGGACCAGGGCAGCUGCACCAACGACAGGGAGGUGGACAACACCGAGUUUGCAGCGCAGCCCGUCUACGUUCCCUUCCUCAUGGUAGGAAGCAUUUUUGUUGCCUUCGUCGUAGUCGGCUCUCUGGUGGCCGUCUACUGCUGCACGUGCCUGCGGCCCAAGCAGCCGACCCAGCAGCCCAUUCGCUUCUCCCUGCGUAGUUGCCAGGGUGAAACUAUCCCGAUGAUCCUCACCUCCGCCCCCCCGAGCCUCCGCGCCCCGUCGCGACAGUCCAGUACGGCCACCACCAGCUCCAGCUCAGCUGGAGGCGGCAGCUCCAUGCGGAGGUUUUCUCUUGGAGGUCAGGGGCAGCAGCAGCACGGCUGCCUGGUGUCCGCCACCGUCUCAUCAUCAGCCUCCACCCCCACCCAGACCCCUCAGACUCUGCCUCCACCUCCUCCUCCCCCCUACACAUCCCCACCAGCACCCAUGUCAGGAGGUAUGCAGCACCCGCUGCCCUCCACCCACACCCAGCUACAGCUCCACCAGCCCUCUCAGAGCGCCGGCUUCCUCCUGCCACAGCAGUACUUCUUCCCCCUGCAGCCCGACGCCUUCUCAGCAGCCAAGGGCUUUGCCGACUUCGGACAGAGCUGACAGGGUUCCCAGCAGGGGAAAUAGAGGGAUUACAUGAUUUCUAGAUGGUUGGAUGUGAGUCAGCGAGGACAGACACACUGCGACACAGCUGGUGGUGUUUGGGUGGAAGUCCCAGGCCGGCAGAACGGACACAGAGAGCGCGACAGGAGGACGAGGGAUAAAGUACGACAAAGCUGUGUGGCCUGAGGCGCUUCCCCCUUCUGCAUCACAGGACACAUCAGAGUUCAACAGACCUGUUAGAGCCAGCAACAGUUUCAAACUUGUGCACUUUUGUCUUAUAUUGUAAACAGACCUCACUGGCCUCACAUUUUAUCUUUAAUGCAGGCUGUUUUUUUUUUAAGGUGACAGCUCACAAAACAGACUAAAAUCCUGAACAAUUUUUCACAAACCUUCCUCAAAAAAUUGAAAUACUGCACCGACACUGUCACUCUGAGAGUCAUGGUUACAUUAGUAAAAAUAGAUGUUGGAAACCAGGGAGAUAAUUGUGUUUUUUGACAAUCGCAAAGACCUCUGAAAGAGGGGAGGACUUGAUACACAAAGAACAUUUUACUUAAAGAUGAAAUGUGGACUUUUAUAAGAUGUUGUACAGACAUUAUACCCUGAGCAGGGUUGUCAUAUUGAUUCCCUAAUUUACAGCAAAUAAAAUGUUGUCUCUCUUCUGAUAAA